CAACUCCUCUGGCCCGCCAUCUCCCUCUCCCAUCUUGCCAGCAACCAUCACCGACAACACCAUGGCCGUCAAGGACGACGCCAAGGUCGAGUCCGGCCCCGCCAACCACAGCGAGUAUGGCGCGUACAACUCCCAGGUCGAGCUCAUCGACGCUGCCGUCGCCGCCACGGAAGCCGAGACGCUGCUCCCGCGCAAGGAGCUCUUCAAGCGGUACUGGCCCGCCGCCGUCUACAGCAUGCUGCUCAGCUUGGCCCUCGUCAUGGAGGGCAUGGAUGUCGGCAUGAUCAACAACUUCUUCGUCCACACGGGGUACCUCCGGCGCUUCGGAUGGCCCGAUACCAACGGCGAGCUGCACAUUUCCACCCAGUGGCAGGGAGCCAUCGGCGCUGGCAACAACAUUGGAUCCAUCUUCGGCCUCUUGAUCAACGGAUACCUGCAAUCUCGCUUUGGUUCCCGCAGGGUCUACAUGGGCGCUAUGGCUCUCAUGGGCUGCACCAUCUUCAUCCUCUUCUUCGCCACCAACGUCGAGAUGCUCUUGGCCGGCAACAUCAUCUGCGGUAUCCCUUGGGGCAUCUUCCAGACCCUCACCACCGCCUACGCCGCCGAGAUCUGCCCGGCCGCCAUGCGCGGUUACCUCACGGCCUGGGUGUCCAUGUGCUGGGGCGCCGGCAGCUUCCUCGCAACCGGCGUCCUCCGCGGCUCCCUGAACCUCCCGGGCAACGCGGGCUGGCGCGUUCCGUACGGCAUGCAGUGGGUUUGGGUGCCUCCUCUGCUCCUCGUCGGCUUCCUGGCUCCCGAGAGCCCCUGGUACCUCAUCCGCCGCGGCCGCCUCGACGACGCCGAAAAGAGCCUGCGCCGUCUUGCGGCCAAGGACCACUACACCGAGCAGACCAUGGCCGAGACCCUCGCCCUCAUGAAGCAUACCAACGAGAUGGAGAAGAUCGAAUCAGCCGACGCUAGCUACAAGGACUGCUUCCGCGGCACAAACUUGCGCCGUACGGGCAUCGUCAUGAUGGCGUGGAUCAUCCAGAUGCUCAAUGGCCAGUCUAUUACCCAGUAUGCCGCCAUCAUGUUGACAUCCGUCGGAAUGAGCAAAAACAUGGCCUUCAACUACAACAUGGCCAUCCAGUCGGUCAACAUUGUGGCCACGGCUACGGCCAUUGCACUCAUGGGCAAAGUCGGACGUCGCACCUUCUACCUCUUCGGAUCCGGUGGAAUCGGCGCCUGCAUGCUGGUCAUUGGCAUCAUGGGAUUCGCUGCUGAGAGAAAGACCAUCGCCAUCCCCACGGCCGCCUUCUUGAUCGUCGUGCAGUGCAUCUUCAAGGUCUCUCUCGGCCCCACGACCUAUGUCGUCGUUGGAGAGACGUCCUCUAGCCGUAUUCGAGCCCAGACCAUUGUCCUUGGCCGCGCCGUCUACGUCUGCUGCGGCAUUGUCGUCCAGCAGAUCAACCCGCGCAUGCUCAACAAUAACAGCGACUCCUGGAACUGGGGAUCCAAGACUGGCAUGUUCUACUUCGGACUGUGCUUUUUCUGGGUCAUCUGGAUUUGGAUGUUCCUCCCCGAGACCAAGAACCGCUCCUUCGCCGAUAUCGACUACCUCUUCCAGAAGAAGGUCAACGCGCGCCACUUUGCCACCACUGAAACCAAUUUGUUCGAGUUCACCCAGCCCGACUCCAAGGCAGCCCAGUUCGAGGAGCAAGUUGAAGAUACUGGGGCUCCGCCCGCGCCUCGGGAGAUUCACGAUGAGAAGCGCGCACAGUAAAUAGCAUAUCUGCAGACAUUCAAAGGAUUGCUGGAUUCAAGAGGAACGAAAUGGUCCUCAAGGGACGACGCUCUCUAAUAAGGGUUAGUGGACACGAUAUAGUUGUGUCAUCUCAAUUUACUUAAUCCCAACUUCCGCUACCAGUAAACGAUCUUUCUUCCAA